AUGAAGAUCCGGACAAUGCUAAACCCUACAGCACAAGCGCUGCUAGCCGUGAGCCUCAGGAGCAUGACGAUGAUCGGUUUGCAGAAGAUGGGGGUUCUGAAAGGGGAAGACUUCCACCGCCAGUUGGCGGAGGCACACGAGCAUGAGAAGGACCGCCUCCGGGCCGAACAGGCACAUGCUUACGUUCCGAUUACGGCCUUUAGUUCAGGACAAUUCUGGUGGCUAGUUUCCCCCACCUUACUGACCACGUAUGGAAGCCCUUUACAAAGUACCAAAAAACCCUCAACACGCCGCCCCAACAGCCAAGUAGCAGUUCCGGUUUUUUGA